AGUAAUGUGUAUUCCUCAUACCUGAGUCCUCUGGAGCAGAGAUGGCCUCCAUCAUGGGGUACCUCAUGUACGGCUUGCUUCUUUUACCUUUGCUUACUGCAAAUGAAGUCCCCCCUCCCUGCAUCUUCCCAUUUAUUUACAACCGCAAGUCCUAUUCCUCUUGCACUGGUGACGGAAGUGGGAACAAGAAGCUGUGGUGUGCCACAACUGGGAACUAUGACACAAAUCACCAAUGGAAGUAUUGCACCCUUACUGAGUACGGAGGUAAUACAGCUGGACAGGCCUGCACCUUCCCUUUUGCUUAUAAGAGUCGGACAUUCUACUCGUGCACCAAUGAAGAUAUACAGAUCGGAAAGUUCUGGUGUGCCACAACAGGGAGCUAUGAUAAGGACAAGAAAUGGAGCUAUUGUGCUGAUACAAGAGUGCAGGCAAACCAAAUUGGACCAUGUGUCUUCCCUUUUACAUACAAAGGCAAGCUCUACUCCUCUUGUACAACAGCUGGGGCAUCUACUGGAAAGCUCUGGUGCUCUCUCACCAGCAACUAUGAUAUAGACCCCAAGUGGACAUAUUGCGAUCCCUCAGAACCCCGCCCUUGCCACUUGCCCUUCAUUUUCAAGGGGAAAUCCUACUCUGCAUGCACCAAGGAGGGAGCUGGUGAUGGACAGCUGUGGUGUGCCACCACAGCAAACUAUGACACUGACAGUAAAUGGAAGCCAUGUUCUCAGCAAGAAUAUGAAGGGAACUCUAACGGACAGACCUGUGUCUUUCCCUUCAUCUACAAGAACCGGACAUUCUACACCUGCACCAGUGAAGAUUCUAAGGAUGGGAGGUUCUGGUGUGCCACCACUGGAAGUUAUGACAAGGACGAGAAGUGGAGUUACUGUGCGGACACAAGUAAGUUCACUGGGGACUGUCCAGAGGGACCAUGUGUCUUCCCUUUUACAUACAAAGGCAAGCUCUACUCCUCUUGUACAACAGCUGGGGCAUCUACUGGAAAGCUCUGGUGCUCUCUCACCAGCAACUAUGAUAUAGACCCCAAGUGGACAUAUUGCGAUCCCUCAGAACCCCGCCCUUGCCACUUGCCCUUCAUUUUCAAGGGGAAAUCCUACUCUGCAUGCACCAAGGAGGGAGCUGGUGAUGGACAGCUGUGGUGUGCCACCACAGCAAACUAUGACACUGACAGUAAAUGGAAGCCAUGUUCUCAGCAAGAAUAUGAAGGGAACUCUAACGGACAGACCUGUGUCUUUCCCUUCAUCUACAAGAACCGGACAUUCUACACCUGCACCAGUGAAGAUUCUAAGGAUGGGAGGUUCUGGUGUGCCACCACUGGAAGUUAUGACAAGGACAAGAAGUGGAGUUACUGUGCGGACACAAGACAACAUGAAAAUAAUAUGGGGCCCUGUGUCUUCCCUUUUAUUUACAAGGGCAAGACCUAUCCCUCAUGCACAACAGCUGGGGAAUCAACUGGGAAGCUCUGGUGCUCUCUUACCAGUAACUACGACACGCAUCCCAAAUGGACAUACUGCAAUCCCUCAGCUAAAAAAACAACAACAAGAGGAUAG